AUGAAGGAAAGAAUGCGACUUGGGAAAUACGAGUUGGGUAGGACCCUUGGUGAAGGCAAUUUUGGCAAAGUCAAGUUCGCUAAGAACACUGAUUCUGGUCAACCUUUUGCUGUUAAGAUCAUUGACAAGAACAAAAUCAUCCAUCUCAACAUAACCAAUCAGAUAAAGAGGGAGAUAGCCACCUUAAAGCUCCUCAGACAUCCCAACGUUGUUAGAUUAUACGAGGUCUUGGCUAGCAAAACAAAAAUUUAUAUGGUGCUUGAGUAUGUGAAUGGAGGGGAGUUAUUUGAAACAAUUGCAUCCAAAGGUAAACGUACGGAAGGUGAAGGUAGAAAGCUGUUCCAGCAGUUGAUUGAUGGGGUGAGCUACUGUCACUCUAGAGGUGUCUUCCACAGGGAUCUCAAGCUUGAGAAUGUUCUAGUGGAUAACAAAGGGAACCUAAAAAUAACUGAUUUUGGUCUUAGUGCUCUACCCCAGCAUCUUAGGGCAGAUGGAUUGCUGCAUACAACUUGUGGAAGUCCCAAUUAUGUUGCACCUGAGGUUGUUGCUAAUAGAGGCUAUGAUGGUGCAACAUCAGAUGUAUGGUCAUGUGGUGUUUUAUUAUAUGUAAUCCUAGCAGGAUACCUACCAUUUGAUGAUAGAAAUAUGGUAGUUCUCUUUCAGAAGAUUAUUAAAGGAGAUGUUCAGAUACCAAAAUGGCUAUCACCAGGUGCACAAAACAUAAUAAAGAGAAUUCUUGAUCCCAACCCUGAAACACGGAUAACAAUGGCUGGCAUCAAAGAAGAUCCGUGGUUCAAAAAGGGUUAUGUUCCAGCAAAUCCUGAGGAUGAGGAUGUAUAUGUUGACACUGAAGCCUUUUCCAUCCAUGAAGAGCCAAAUGAAGCAGAACAGAGAAAUUCAGGAUCACCAACCCUUAUCAAUGCAUUUCAGUUGAUAGGGAUGUCUUCGUGCCUCGACCUCUCUGGCUUCUUUGAGAAAGAGGAUGUCUCUGACAGAAAGAUAAGAUUUACAUCAAAUCUUUCAGUUAAAGAUCUGAAUGAGAGGAUGGAGGACACUGUGACAGAAAUGGAGUUUAUAGUCCAGAGGAAAAAUGGCAAAUUGAAAGUGAUUCGGGAGAACAAAAUGCACGAAACUAUUGGAUGCCUCUCAGUGACAAUAGAGGUAUUUGAAAUAAGCCCAUCAUUGUAUGUAGUAGAAUUAAGGAAGUCUUGUGGAGAUGCUUCUGCAUAUAAACAGUUAUGCAAGAAAAUAUUGAAUGAUUUGAGUGUUCCUCCCAAGCAAGCCCUACUGGACUCAGCAGCCAAUUACAUGCCAGACAAUAUGUAG